GGUCGGCUCACAGGGAGGUGCCCGUCCCUUUAAUUGGCAUGUACCAAAUCCUUCCAGAUUACAUAUCCUCCCCGAGUCCUAGACGUCCGAAACCGUUAGUCGAAGAUUCAAAAGGAGAGAAUGUGGAAACGGCGUUGUAUUUUGUGGGAGUUGUGGGCCAACAGGGAGUGAGAGACGGCCAGGGCAGAAGCGCGCGGGCGCGGCCCUCCCCGCCUCGCGCCGUGGUCCAGUCCCAAGAUGGCGGCCACCAUGAAGAAGGCGGCUGCAGAAGAUGUCAAUGUUACAUUUGAAGAUCAACAAAAGAUAAACAAAUUUGCACGGAAUACAAGUAGAAUCACAGAGCUGAAGGAAGAAAUAGACGUAAAAAAGAAACACCUGCAGAAUUUAGAGGAUGCUUGCGAGGACAUCAUGCUGGCAGAUGACGACCGCUUGAUGAUACCGUAUCAGAUCGGCGACGUGUUCAUCAGCCAUUCUCAAGAAGAAACACAAGAGAUGCUCGAAGAAGCAAAGAAAAACUUGCAGGAAGAAAUCGACGCCUUGGAAUCCAGAGUAGAGUCCAUCCAGCGGGUGCUGGCGGACCUGAAAGUCCAGCUGUACGCGAAGUUUGGGAGCAACAUAAACCUCGAAGCUGACGAGAGCUGAAUGUUUUAUGAUGCUCUAAAAAUUUUGUUUAAUAAACUUAACUAUUGUUUAAAUGAUAAUUUCCCUUCUUCAAAUUAUAAGGAAAGCAGAUUUUCUUUUUUAAAAAAAAUUUUCAUUUAUUUAAUGGAAACUUGCCUAUUUUCACAUGUCUUGCUUAUUUAUUUUAUAUUUUUAAAAGAAGACAGUAUUCAUCUAUGUAUUUUACAGAACAAUUAUAUCAAGCAUAGGGGUUAUAUGUCAUGUUAUUAAAAUCAGUUAAGCAAUCUUUUAUGUUUCUAUAUUAUCAUUUAGAAUAUCUGUUGCAAUUUUUAUCAGAAAAUCGAACAUUUGUGUCAUGUUGUUUACGUGUUUAUUUCAGUUGCUAUUUAGAGAUGACGAAAAGACGCCAGAAAGAUCUAAUCCUACAUCUGUCUAGUCCGCUCAUUUUACACCUAAAACUUUGUCAUAUACUAAAAAAAGUAUAUAUUUUAUUUAAAUACAUGCAAUAUGUGUUAUAUCUAAACAUAUAUUUCACUUAUCUCUUAGAUAUCAGUAUCAGAUUUUUGGAAAAGUACGGGCUUGCUGAGACUUGCUGAGCUUCAUACAAACAUAGAGCAGGACAACAGAAGAAUAUUCUAGAAACCAAGAGAUGUAUCAAUAGAAAUGUUUAGUGUUUUUUUUUUUUUGAAAGUAUAUUUCAGACUUUAUUUUAGUGCUUUGUAAUUAAUUGGGGUUUAUAUUGAUAAUGAUGUAGAAGUAAAGCAGCUGUGUAUUUAAAAAUAAGACUUUUUCUUAAAUAAAGAGUACAUUGAUCCCCCACCGCCCCCCAAAAGACGUAUGUUUUGGGAUUUGAAAGACCUAAUGGUACAUUAACUU